CCUGAAGCCGCCGACUUUAACGAUAUUGAUGAUGUAAGACGACUUAAACCUGGAUACCUGGAGGCAACUGUUGACUGGUUCAAAAGAUACAAAGUCCCAGAUGGGAAACCUGAAAACCAGUUUGCUUUCAACGGAGAGUUCAAGGACAGGGACUUUGCCAUUAAAACAGUCAAGGACACCCAUGAGUUUUGGAAGGCAUUGAUUUCGAAGAAGACUGAUGCUGGCGAGUUAAAUUGCAUGAACACCAGCGUCUCAGACAGUCCGUUCUGCUGCUCUGCUGGGGACGCAGAGGCCGUGGUUACGUCUGCGUGUGCUUUUGGAGCUGAAGAUCCCAUUCCAAGCUCAGUCGACAAAUGGUUCUACUACGAGAAGUGA